GAGGAGGAGGAGGAGGAGGGAAGCCACGGAGGGAGAGCCUCUCUUUCCCCGCGCGGGAUCCCGUGGCCACCAUGCGGCAGCGCGGAGGGGUCCGCCUCCUGGUCCUCCUGCUGCAGCUGGGAGCCUUGGGCUGCGGGAGAGGUGCAGCAAGCAACACCGAAUGUUCCUGUGGACGCAACCACUUCACCUGUGCAGUUAGCGCCUUUGGUGAAUGCACUUGUAUUCCUGCUCAGUGGCAGUGUGAUGGUGACAAUGACUGCGGGGACCAUAGCGAUGAAGAUGGCUGCAUGCUGCCAACUUGCUCCCCCUUGGAUUUUCACUGUGACAACGGCAAAUGUAUCCGACGUUCAUGGGUCUGCGAUGGGGACAAUGACUGUGAGGAUGAUUCUGAUGAACAGGACUGCCCGCCACGAGAGUGUGAGGAGGAUGAAUUUUCAUGUCAAAAUGGAUACUGUAUACGCAGCCUAUGGCACUGUGAUGGGGACAAUGAUUGCGGGGACAACAGUGAUGAACAAUGUGAUAUGAGGAAAUGUUCAGACAAAGAAUUCCGCUGCAGCGAUGGCAGCUGCAUAGCUGAACAUUGGUUCUGUGAUGGCGACACAGAUUGCAAGGAUGGCUCAGAUGAGGAGAACUGCCCAUCCGAUAUUCCUGCAGCAACAUGUAGCCUGGAGGAAUUCCAGUGUGCAUAUGGCCGCUGCAUCCUAGACAUCUAUCACUGUGAUGGAGAUGAUGACUGUGGAGACUGGUCUGAUGAAUCUGAUUGCUCCUCCCACCAACCAUGCCGCUCUGGGGAGUUCAUGUGUAACAGUGGCUUGUGCAUUAAUGCUGGAUGGAGAUGUGAUGGUGACUCUGACUGUGAUGACCAAUCAGAUGAGAAGAACUGCACCACAUCAAUGUGCACAGCUGACCAGUUCCGCUGUAAAUCUGGUCGGUGUGUCCGCUUGUCUUGGCGCUGUGAUGGGGAAGAUGAUUGCUCUGAUAAUAGUGAUGAGGAAAACUGUGAGGAUACAGGGAGUCCCCAGUGUGCUCCUGACCAGUUUCUGUGUGGGAAUGGACGCUGCAUUGGCCAGAGAAAGCUGUGCAAUGGUGCAAAUGACUGUGGAGAUGGCAGUGAUGAGAGUCCUGAUCAAAAUUGUCGUCCUCGAACUGGUGAGGAAAACUGUAAUCUCAACAAUGGAGGUUGUGCCCAGAAGUGCCAGAUGACUCGAGGGACAGUGCAGUGUACAUGCCACACAGGCUACAGGCUCCUGGAAGAUGGCAGGUCAUGUCAGGAUGUGAAUGAAUGUGCAGAGGAAGGAUACUGCAGCCAAGGAUGCACCAACAGUGAGGGGGGGUUUCAGUGCUGGUGUGAGCAAGGCUAUGAGCUUCGCCCAGACAAGCGCAGCUGUAAAGCACUUGGGCCAGAGCCUGUGUUACUCUUUGCCAAUCGGAUUGAUAUCCGGCAAGUUUUACCCCAUCGAUCAGAAUACACCCUACUUCUGAACAACCUAGAAAAUGCCAUUGCUCUUGAUUUUCACCACAGCAAGGAGUUGGUCUUCUGGUCUGAUGUCACAUUGGAUCGGAUUAUGAGAGCGAACCUGAAUGGUAGCAAUGUGGAGGAGGUAGUGUCCACAGGACUGGAGAGUCCAGGUGGUCUGGCGGUUGACUGGAUCCAUGACAAGUUAUUUUGGACAGACUCCGGGACAUCUCGCAUCGAAGUGGCAAAUCUGGAUGGCACACACAGGAAGGUGCUUCUUUGGCAGAAUCUAGAAAAGCCUCGUGCCAUUGCUCUUCAUCCCAUGGAGGGCACCAUCUACUGGACAGACUGGGGGAAUACCCCUCGCAUUGAGUACUCAAAUAUGGAUGGUUCCAAUCGGCGCAUCAUUGCGGACACUCAUCUUUUCUGGCCAAAUGGGCUAACUAUUGACUAUGCAGGGCACCGGAUGUACUGGGUUGAUGCCAAGCAUCAUGUAAUUGAGAGAGCUGACUUGGAUGGACAGAACAGGAAGGCUGUUAUUAGCCAAGGCCUUCCGCACCCCUUUGCCAUCACAGUUUUUGAAGAUAGCCUUUACUGGACAGAUUGGCACACUAAAAGUAUAAACAGUGCCAAUAAAUUUACUGGCAAGAACCAGGAAAUCAUCCGCAAUAAGCUUCACUUCCCCAUGGAUAUCCACACAUUGCACCCUCAACGUCAGCCAGCAGCAGGGAGAAAUCGUUGUGGAUCUGACAACGGGGGCUGCACUCACCUGUGCCUACCAAACAACAAAGCAUACACCUGUGCCUGCCCCACAGGUUUUCGGAAGACCAGCAGCCACACCUGUGCCCAGAGUCUUGACAAGUUCCUGCUUUUUGCCCGAAGGAUGGACAUCCGUCGUAUCAGCUUCGACACAGAAGACCUUUCUGAUGACGUCAUCCCCUUGGCUGAUGUGCGCAGUGCUGUGGCUCUGGACUGGGAUGCAAAGGAUGACUACGUCUAUUGGACGGAUGUCAGUACCGAUUCCAUUAGUCGAGCAAAAUGGGAUGGAACAGGCCAGGAGGUUGUGGCAGAUAGCAGCUUGGAGAGCCCAGCUGGUCUGGCUAUUGACUGGGUCACCAAUAAGUUGUAUUGGACAGAUGCAGGAACUGACCGGAUAGAGGUGUCCAAUACAGAUGGGACGAUGCGUACUGUGCUAAUAUGGGAGAAUCUAGAUAGACCCAGAGAUAUUGUGGUGGAUCCUGUUGGAGGGUUCAUGUACUGGACUGACUGGGGGGCAAACCCAAAGAUUGAACGUGCAGGCAUGGAUGCCUCUGGACGCUCGGUGAUAAUUUCUUCCAACCUGACUUGGCCCAAUGGACUGGCCGUUGACUAUGAAUCUCAGCGAUUGUACUGGGCAGAUGCUGGUAUGAAGACAAUUGAAUAUGCUGGCCUAGAUGGCAGUGAUAGGAGGAUUUUGAUUGGAAGCAAUUUGCCUCACCCGUUUGGCCUUACACUUUAUGGAAGUCGAAUCUUCUGGACUGAUUGGCAGGCAAAAAGCAUCCAGAGUGCUGACAAAAGGACUGGGGAGGAUCGUGAAACUCUACAAGACAACUUGGAGAACCUUAUGGACAUCCAUGUUUUUCAUCGACAUAGGCCUCCAGUACACACGCUGUGCAGUGUUAACAAUGGUGGGUGCAGUCACCUUUGCCUCCUGGCCCCUCUUCCUAAAGGCCACACCUGUACCUGUCCUACUGGCAUCAACCUUCAACCAGACGGCAAAACCUGUUUACCAGGAAUGACUAGCUUCCUGAUAUUUGCCAGAAGGGCAGACAUCCGGCUGGUUUCACUUGACAUUCCAUAUUUUGCUGACGUUGUUAUCUCGGUCAAUGUGACUAUGAAAAACACCAUUGCCAUUGGAGUGGAUCCUCAGGAAGGAAAGGUUUAUUGGUCUGACAGCACGCUGAGGAAGAUUAGCAGAGCUGCCCUGGAUGGCUCCCAGUAUGAAGAUAUUAUUACUACAGGGCUGCAGACCACAGACGGAUUAGCAGUGGAUGCUAUUGGUCGCAAAGUAUAUUGGACUGACACAGGAAUCAAUAGGAUUGAAGUUGGUAACCUGGAUGGGUCGAUGAGAAAAGUUUUGAUAUGGGAGAACCUGGACAGCCCAAGAGCAAUUGCACUUUACCAUGAGAUGGGGUUUAUGUACUGGACAGACUGGGGUGAGAAUGCCAAGUUGGAACGAGCAGGAAUGGAUGGCUCCAAUCGAAUGGUCCUUAUCAGCAACAACCUUGGAUGGCCCAAUGGAUUAGCCGUGGAUAAAGCUGGAUCACAGCUCCUCUGGGCUGAUGCACAUACUGAGCGUAUAGAAGCUGCAGACCUGAAUGGUGCAAAUCGCCACACCCUCCUCUCACCAGUGCAGCACCCUUAUGGCCUCACUCUACUGGAUUCCUACAUCUACUGGACUGAUUGGCAAACACGUAGCAUUCACAGAGCUGACAAGAAUACUGGUGAAAAUGUCAUCCUGGUCAGAGCAAACCUGCCUGGUCUAAUGGAUAUCCAGGCUGUAGACAGGGAGCGCCCUCUUGGUGCUAACAAAUGUGGCAUGAGGAAUGGAGGUUGCUCUCAUCUCUGCCUUCCAAAUCCUGAAGGCUUUUCCUGUGCUUGCCCCACUGGUAUCAAGUUAAAGACCGAUGAGAGGACCUGUGAUCCCUCUCCAGAAACCUACCUGCUCUUUUCUAGUCGUGGUUCCAUCCGGCGGAUCUCACUGGAUACUAGUGAUCACACUGAUGUUCAUGUCCCUGUACCAGAACUGAACAAUGUAAUCUCUCUGGACUAUGACAGUGUAGAUGGCAAGAUUUAUUACACAGAUGUCUUCUUAGAUGUGAUUCGGAGAGCAGACCUAAAUGGCAGUCAUAUGGAAACAGUUAUUGGCCAAGGUCUGAAGACAACAGAUGGCCUGGCUGUUGACUGGGUGGCUAGGAAUCUGUACUGGACAGACACAGGCCGUAACACUAUCGAAGUUGCAAGACUAGAUGGCAGCUGCCGAAAAGUGCUAAUCAACAACAGUCUAGAUGAACCCCGAGCAAUUGCUGUCUUUCCCAGAAAGGGGUAUCUCUUCUGGACAGACUGGGGACAUGUUGCUAAAAUUGAACGUGCAAACUUAGAUGGUUCUGAACGCAAGAUACUGAUCAAUAGUGACUUAGGCUGGCCCAAUGGGCUUACCCUGGAUUAUGACACCAGAAGGAUCUACUGGGUAGAUGCUCACUUAGAUCGCAUAGAGAGUGCUGAUCUCAAUGGUAAACUGCGUCAGGUGCUGGUCAGUCAAGUAUCACAUCCCUUCGCCUUGACACAGCAGGACAGGUGGCUGUAUUGGACAGACUGGAAGACUAAGUCUGUCCAGCGUGCGGACAAAUAUUCUGGCCGAAAUAAGGAGACUGUUUUGGCCAAUGUUGAAGGGCUUAUGGAUAUCAUCGUGGUCUCCCCUCAAAGACAGACAGGCACCAAUGGUUGUGGAGUGAAUAAUGGAGGCUGUACCCACCUCUGCUUUGCCAGGGCUACUGACUUCAUUUGUGCAUGUCCAGAUGAACCGGAUGGGCAUCCUUGCUCCAACAUUCCUGGCAUGGGACCUGCAAUUCCUGACACCACUCGUUCAAGCAAAAAGUAUGAGGCUCCCACUGAUAGAUCUGGCUCUUCCACAACCAAGCCCCAGAUAUCUGUGGAAAUGACAGAAGGAAACUGCUCUGACAAAAAGGUUAGCCAAGGCCUGUGCAGCCGAGGAAACGAAGCUGUGCUUGCAACCACAGGAGAAGGACUGCAUGUCAGCUACAUUAUUGGGGGCGUUCUUAGUAUUUUGCUCAUAUUGCUAUUAGCUGGUGCGGUAAUUAUAUACAGGCACAAAAAGUCUAAGUUCACAGAUCCCAGCCUUAGUAACCUUACCUACAGCAACCCAUCUUAUCGGACGUCUACCCAAGAAGUCAAGAUCGAAACCAUUCCCAAGCCUACAAUGUAUAACCAGUUAUGCUUUAAGAAGGAGGCUGGUCCUGAUCAUAAUUACACCAAGGAAAAGAUCAAGAUUGUAGAAGGAAUAUGCCUCUUGUCCAGUGAUGAAUCUGAAUGGGAUGACCUCAAACAGAUACGGAGCUCUCGGGGUUGUAUUCUUCGUGACCAUGUCUGCAUGAAGACUGACACGGUCUCUAUCCAAGCCAGUUCUGGCUCCCUGGAUGAUACAGAAACUGAGCAGCUGCUACAAGAGGAGCAGUCUGAAUGUAGCAGCAUCAACGCAGCAGCCACUCCUGAGCGCCGCGGUUCUCUUCCAGACACAGGCUGGAAGCAUCAGCGCAAACCUUCAACGGAGAGUGAAGUUUAAGGCACACUUCAAGACAUUUCUCCUUCCUAUUCUGCCAUCCUUCGCACUGAUGAGAUAGGAUCUUGCCCGCUCUUCAAGGAGAAACUUGAAGAAUAGCGUCCGUAUCAUAUGGAAGACCAGAGACUCUCUUUGGAGAGGCGCCCAAGCAAGACUUUGCCUUUGCGGCUUAAUGGGACGCAACUCAAGAGACCCUUUUGGCUCAUUGAUAGUUUGUGUUUAUUUAUAUGACCCUUUCCUUACAAACUGUGGUGUUGAAUUUAGCAACACCUUUUUUUUUUUUUUGGUGAGCACACAAACAAACUAAGGACUCGGCAUCACCAAGUGGCCAGACUUUCUGAACUUACCCACUCCUGAUACCUGUUGCCUUUCUUCUGAGGAUAUUGGCACUAACUGGAUUUUGCACUGCACUCUGUCUACUUUGAGGGGGAAAGGGUUGGGGGCAGUAGAGGAGAUGUAAAAGCAGAUGAGUCUGGCAGAUACAGGAAAGUAAAUUCAUAUAUAAUUUCAUUGUGAA